AUGCAGGGGUUCCGGGAUGCUCUGGAUUAUUGUGGAUUUAAAGAUCUGGGAUUUAAUGGAUACCCUUUUACAUGGUGCAAUAGAAGACUAGGAGACCAUAAUGUUUGGAUCCGUUUGGACCGUGGGGUGGCAACAGUGGAUUGGUUCUUACGGUUUCCUACUUCCCGUAUCCAUCACUUAGAGUGCUUUCAUUCUGACCAUAGACUCAUCCUUCUCAUUUCAGAUGCUGAGCAAAAAAGGUUCUAUAGAAAGGGGCGGCCAUUCCGAUUUGAGGCAAUGUGGCUCAAAGAUAGAUCUUGUGAGGAUGUGGUGAAACAAUCUUGGGCUAAUUUAUUUGACUCAAACCUAGUUAGUAUUUUGUUGAAAAAAAUUGCAAGUUACCAAGUCAACCUUAGCACAUGGAACUGGGUUACGUUUGGGCAUGUGAGAAAUACAUUGGCCAAGAAAUUGAAGGAGUUGAGCCAUGCUGAGGAGGUUGGUUUGUACAGAACCAAUCCGGAUCAGAUUGAAAUGCUUCGGUCAGAAAUUAACUUGCCCCAGGCCAACCAACGGAACAAGCAUAAUCUUAUUGUGGGGUUGGAAGAUGAGUUUGGUGUUUGGACUGAAGAUGAAGAUCAAAUGGGCAGACUGGCAACUGAAGAGGUUCUCAAAGCUCUCCACCAUAUGGCCCCUCUCAUAGCUCCAGGCCCUGAUGAUGUGACAAAAGUAGUUUUGACAGCUUUAAAUUCCAGCACUAUUCCAGCUUCUAUUAACUUUACUUUUAUUGCACUUACUCCCAAAAUAAAAAACCCUAAGAAAGUUUCAGACUUUAGACCUAUAAGCCUUUGUAAUGUGGUCUACAAACUCAUUGCAAAAGUGUUGGUUAAUCGUUUGAAGCUAAUUUUGCCAUACGUAGUUUCUGAUUCACAGAGUGCUUUUCUUUCGGGAAGGCUGAUUACUGAUAAUGUGCUGGUUGCAUUCGAGACACUCCAUUUCUUGAAGCGGAAGACCCAAGGGAAAGAUGGGUAUAUGGCUCUAAAGCUUGAUAUAAGCAAAGCUUAUGAUAGAGUGGAGUGGGAUUUCUUGGAAAGGGCUAUGUUGCAUUUAGGGUUUGCUGGAAGUUUUGUUGCUACUAUCAUGUCAUGCAUCAAGUCUAUUUCAUAUUCGGUUUUGCUCAAUGGGGUGCUAGGUAGAACUAUCAAGCCUAGUAGGGGGUUGAGGCAAGGUGAUCCGUUGUCUCCAUAUUUAUUUUUGCUAUGUGCCAUGGGACUUCAAGGUUUGCUCCACAAAGCUGAAUCUGAGGGUGUUAUCAGGGGAGUGUCAAUUUGUAAAAAUGGGCCACGUGUGUCUCAUCUAUUUUUUGCUGAUGACAGUGUUCUUUUUUGUCGUGCAAAAGAAUCUGAGUGUCAGGUAAUCCUUGAUCUUUUAUCAGUUUAUGAGAGGGGUUCGGGCCAAAAAAUAAACAGAGAUAAGACAAAUAUCUUCUUCAAUUCUAACACUCACCAUGAUGUCCAAGUCCAAAUACAACAUCUGUUGGGUGUUCCAGCUAUCAGGCAAUAUAAGAGAUAUUUGGGGUUACCUGCAUUUGUGGGGAGAACAAAGAGACAAGGGUUUGCAUACAUUAAGGAGAGAAUUUGGAAGAAAAUUCAAGGUUGGAAGGAGAAACUCCUAUCUCAAGCAGGCAGAGAGGUGCUUAUUAAGUCCGUCAUCCAAGCCAUUCCAACCUAUUCUAUGAGUUGUUUCAAGCUUCCUAAGGGAUUAAUUCAGGAGAUUGAGGUCAUGAUCCGCAAAUUUUGGUGGGGCUGCCAUGGUGAUAAUAAGAAGGUGCAUUGGGUAAAAUGGGAGAAACUUUGUCAAGCUAAAGAUUGUGGAGGCAUGGGGUUUAAGGGGAUUGAGAAGUUCAAUGAUGCUUUGUUGGCCAAGCAAGUUUGGCGUAUGUUAAAAAACCCGGAAUCACUUUGCCAUAGAGUUUUUAAAGCUCGGUUUUUCCCGGAUUGUUCCAUUCUUGAAGCUAAUUCCUCGAUUAAUGGGUCGUAUGCAUGGAAGAGUAUUUUAAGUGCAAGGGAUGUGGUGCGGAAAGACAUGGUUUGGCGGAUAGGUGAUGGUAAAACAGUGAGUUUAAAGGAGGACAAGUGGCUCCCGAAUCAAGUAUACCGCCCGGUUAGCUCCCUUUUCCCCUCUAUUCCCCCUGAUGCCAAGGUUAGUAUUUUGAUUGAUGAGGAGAAUGGAACUUGGAAGGAGGCUGAAAUUAUGCACAAUUUUCUGCCUCAUGAAGCGAAGAAAAUCAUGAGCAUUCCUCUUAGUACCAGACUGCCUCAAGGUAGUCCCAUUUGGUCAAAAACGCCUAUGGGUAUUUUCUCAACUCGAAGCGCUUACAAGCUCCUGGUUAAUGAAGCUGCAACCAACAGCCCAAGUAGCUCAAAUCCACACCCCCAGAGACAUCCUUGGAGAGGUGUUUGGAUGCUACGAAUCCCAAAUAAGGUUUGGGAUGAUUAUAGGGUGGAGAUAUUUGCUAUCUCAGCUUGGUUGCUCUGGAACCGGCGAAAUUCAAUUCAUUUUAGGCGCCCAGCUCGACCUCUAAACCAGAUCUUCUUCAAAGCUGCCAGACUCCUGCAAGACUUCUUGGAGGCUCACGAUGAGGAACCUGUCAUAGCCCAAAAUCCUAUCCAGCCUAAAUGGUUUGCCCCUGCACAGCCACGGUACAAAGCCAACUUCGAUAGAGCUCUGUUCAAAAGCUCUAACUCUGCUCGUUUGGGUGUGAUUAUCAGGGACACUAAUGGUGUUGUCAUAGGUGUGCUUUCAGCUCGAGUACCACUCCCUCAGUCCGUGGCAUUGGUUGAAGCUUUAGCUUGCAGGCGUGUUGUCCAAUUUGCUGUUGAGAUCGGGUUACAUGAAGUGAUAUUUGAAGGUGACGCAGCAGUAGUGAUCAAUGCCAUUUCAAAAGGAUCGGCUAACCAAUCUUUGUAUGGUCACAUAGUUGAUGAUGUGCUUGGCCAAGCUUCUCUUUUACAUUUUUCUGAUUUUUGUUAUGUUCCUCGUUCAUGUAAUUCAGUAGCUAAUGCAUUAGCUAAACGUGCUAAAACAAGGCUUGAGUUACAAGUUUGGUUAGAAGAUUGUCUUGAAGACAUUACCCCUCUAAUUUUGGGUGAUGUUCCUUGA